CUUAAAUACUGGCGAAAAAUUGGUUAAGAUUCACUUGUCAGUCAAGAAUCAUAACUUACUGGAAAAUAAUAAUGUCAGCUCGCCAACGUUCAAAAGUAUGCCGAGAAGCGCUUCUCUACUUCCCGGAAGAAGAGAGUUUGGGGAUUGUCAAAACAUCCCUUAUUACCGGUGAGAUAAGCGUAGAUGCGAAGAUUGAAGUUCUUUGGGAUGGUCAGCUUGUUCCAGCGGUGAUCCGGAAAUUAUCAAGUAAGUAUUUGUAUUUUUAGUGACUCGAAUUGUUUGUAUAUAAUAAUAUUUCUGUACAUGUUUUCUUCAUACAGUAUAUUAAAAAAACCAUAAAACAAUUAAAAAGAAAUUUAAAAAAAAACGAAAUGAACAAUAGUAAAGUGUUUUCAAUAGUGAAGUGUUGUUUUUUUAAUAAUAUAACUUGUCAAAACGUGCAAUUGUUUACAUAUUCUAUUUUCCUCAUAACAGACGAUCCGCAAGAACUCCUUUCGUUGCAACGGCAGCUUAUAAGGAAAGACAGGCAGUUGAAUGUGUCAGCGAUUGGAGAAGAUGGUGGUGGUGGUGGUGGUGGUAGUGAUGAUGAUGAUGAUGAUGAUGAGAAUGUGCCGUCGACGAGUGGAGCCGUACCAAUGCCUACGUCGUCUACACCGAAAACUAGGAAGAAGAAGGGCAAAGAGGCUCCACAAGUGUUUUGUCGUGGUGCGUCAGCUGGAACAACUUCGACGGCAAUUCGACGGGACAAUGACUACGACAUAGACAGUGGUGAAGACGACGCACGUAGUGAUGCUUCCAUCAGACAGACAAUUCCGUCAACUACGAAUACCUCUCUCGUGAAAUCAUCGCUGAGGUGCACAGAUGGGCAACAUCGAUUAAAAACUUUGCAUUAGGACUAGUGAGGAAGCUAUUUACCAAGGAAGAGAUGGCUAGCAGCAACGUGAAUGGGAAGCAAGGACAUGCCAAACUUGACGAAGUUAAAAUUCAGUUCGUCAAAGAAACUGUAUUUCGUUUCUAUGUCACCCCCGUAAGCGAACAGACGAUGACAUGGAAGCAGUGUAUCCUCUCCAUCGACGAAGGCUGCCGACGCCUAAGAAAACCCCGUUAGACGUACCCAAAUCAAAACAAACGGCUCUUUUCAGAGCCACCACAUAAACAAAAGAGAUUGAUUAUUUGCAUGCCAAUUGUAAUAAAGUAUGGAAAAUCAAGAGACAUCAUUCCCCACUGCCCCCCACACACACACACACACACAAACACACACAUACGUAUCUUCAGAAUGUUCAUCAGUUAAAAUAGUACAAUAAUAAACGGGUUAAAAAACAGUGAAUAAAAAAUAUAAACAACAUAAUAUACUAACUAAUAUAUAUUAACAAUAUAAGAAAUAUUGGCAUA